UGUCCGCGAGGACGGAGACAGACUGGGAGAGAGACAGACAGAAAGAGUGAGAGAGAGAGAGCGCUAUCCUUGGGAGAGCUUGGCACAGACAAAGGACCGAGCAGCCUGUAGGGAAACGGGAACGGGAGGAUCCAGUUCACUCACCGGUAUAAAGUAGUCCGGUCGAGACGCGCGCGGGCGGAAGCGAGCGGCGCCACGUGCUGGUUGUUGGUCAGCAGUGAUGGAAAGAACCGCCAAGCUUGCUCAGUGACUAGAUGGAAAGGGCCGUCGACACACACACUGAGAAGAUGGAGGAGGAAACGCACACAGAGCACUUUGAAUGAUCACACUGCCGUAGUGGUGGAGGAGUAACCUUUCGUCUGUGAGCAUCUGGAGGGUUUUUCUUUGCUGGCGAUCCCCUCUCGAGCCCCGGUUCUUUUGACCCCCCCCCCCCCCCUCCCUCCCGUUGACCUCUGCGCACAUCUAUUCUUCAGACAGAGCAGGUGUUAAACACCCACAGGUCUCAUUUACCUUUCGACCCCCCCCACCACCACCACCACCGCCAGCACCACCCCUCCCUCUCCACCGCUCACAGGGACUGAAAAGCUCCUCUCUUCCAAGCGGCUGAGAGGUUGCUAUGGCAAUGGUUGUCGUGGUGCUGACGUAGCAUCCUGAAGGCAGUAGUUGUGGAGGUAGUGGUGGAGCUGGAGGAGGUGGCGGCGGCGGCAGUGGUGGCGCUGGUGCCGAUUGUCGAGGGAUGGGAAAGCGCUCCGUAUCCAGCUGGCGAGUGGAAGGGGAAGGCCCUGGGCGGCCCUGCAUGAGCUGGCCUGCAUGCGCUGGAAGAUCAGCAAGCAGAAAGGGGGAGGAGGGGAGUUGGUGGUGGGAGCGGAGGAGAGGAGGUGCAGGGAUCCCACGGAUUCUCAGCAGCAGCAGGAUCUCUCAUCCUCCUCUUCCUCCCGCCCCGCGCCACUGCCUCCUCAAGCCUCUUUGACACCUCCGGCCAUUUACCACGAGAAGCAGCGCAGGGAGCUGUGCGCCCUGCACGCGCUCAACAACGUCUUCCAGGACGGGGCGGCCUUCAGCAGGGACACCUUGCAGGAGAUAUACCAGAGGCUUUCUCCCGGCACUCUGGUGACACCUCACAAGAAGAGCAUGCUGGGAAACGGGAACUAUGACGUGAACGUCAUAAUGGCAGCCCUGCAGACUCGAGGGUUUGAGGCAGUCUGGUGGGAUAAAAGAAGGGAUGUAUGCAGCAUCGAGUUGUCCAACGUGACGGGCUUCAUCCUGAACGUGCCGUCCAACCUGCGCUGGGGGCCUCUCCGGCUGCCGCUAAAACGCCAGCACUGGAUCGGGGUCCGAGAGGUGGGGGGAGUCUACUACAACUUGGACUCCAAGCUGCGCGGCCCUCAACCCAUCGGGAGCCCGGAUGAGCUCAGGAAGUUUCUACGCCAGCAGCUGCGAGGGAAGAACUGUGAACUCCUGUUGGUCGUCUCAGAGGAAGUGGAGGCACAACAAGCAUGGCGGUCUGACGGCUAAGGGUCGAGGCAGCCAUCGGGGGCCAAGGGUGGGCCAAUUACGGAAUGUUUCGGGAGAGGAAGUAAAGUUGUGCACAGCCAAUCGCAUGGACGCACAGUUGCAGAUCUUUUUUGUCCCACUUUUUGGGGUUUUGUUUACACAGCCAUUGCUGGACUCUUAUCUGAGAGGAUGCAAAGCAAUGAAGGAAGCAAACACUUUACUCACAGCGCAGUUAAGACUUGUAAGACGUUACCAUUAUGUUUCUGCUAUUAUGUUUUAUAUACAUUUACAUAUAUAUAUAUAUUGACUAUUUUUCAAUGUCCGUUUUUUCUUUUUUUCAUCUUCUUUGUACCAGUUUCCAAAGCCAUGGGAGCUCACUGCUGAGUUAAUGUGCCGUCUCCCUUGGGGAUCCUUCCUGCUCCCAUCGUGAUGUUCACCUGACCCCCCCCCCCGUCUGUCAGUUACCCCCCUCCUUCAUUUUCACCACAGCGUGCCCUUUUGAUUGCCUCGGUGUGACUCCAUCUCACUCCUCCCCUCUUUUCAUAUCACAGGUCAAAAUCAGUGAUGCAUCACAAUGCCGACUUUGUAUUUCAUCCACUAAGCAAACACACAGUCUGAGCCUAUACUGUACCGAGAGACACACACACACACACACACACACACACACACACACACACACACACACACACACACACACACACACACGCGCAACAGUUUUAUAUGCAACACAGCAAUGCAACGCCCUGGUUAAGCACUCCAUCUAGUGGAUGCUAUCCCUCGUUUCCUCUCAAGGAGAGAGUGAGCAUCCUUCACCCAGCUUUCUUUGUAAAUUGUUCAAAUAAUUACUUAGUAGGAAUGAGGAGUGUUUGACAUCGAAGGCAGUAAUGCAAUACUAACGUAUUCUGUCAUUCCGUGGAAUGAUACACAUUCAACAUUAGAUCAGUCAAAUUAUGGCGAUAAGAAUACCUGUUGUCUAAAUCAUUGAGAAAAUCAAACUUACUAAAUGACAGAAAUUGGGCGUACUUUGAGUUACCAAGUGACAUCAAUGAAAAAAACAGUCAAACGUCUCAUUUCAAAGUCAUCACCUGUCUAAUCCGGCUCAGUUGCCAUGGAAAUGUAGAUGUUCAAGCUUCCUUCCAGUGUUAAACUUAGCAACUAUUCUGAAUCUAUUAACUGUAAACACAAAGAAAUCUGCCAAAAUUCUCACUUGGGAUAUUAAACUAAACAUAUUUGGCUUUUACAAGUCAUACAAAACAAGCUAUUUCAAUAUGAAACGUUGUGAUAUUUAUUCAUCACAAUUGUCUGACAUUUUAUUGACAUUACUGACAUUGAUUAAUUGUGAAAUUAAUCCCUAAUGAACGUAACGGUUUGUUGAAAUCUUACUUUACAGCUUGAGGUUCUUUGGAACUUAACGCCAAAAAAAGGAUAUCAAAUGAUCUUUGAGUUCAACUGUAAUCUAAACGGUCGAUAUGAGUGGAUGUUAAAAAGCACCACAUCAACGUGCAGAAUAAGGACGCGCCACAGGGGGGGGAGGAUAUGUGUUCGCUGUGGUAUUCUUCACGGCUUCACACCGGUCCAGAGGGGCCACAGCAGCCCCCCGUAGCACAGGAGCAGGACCCGCCUCGUCUGACAGCGAGUCCCCGGUUGCCCCUCGGCAGGGGGUCCCUAAGCGUCUGCUCUCAGUGUGAGAAGUUUUGAGCGGAGGGAGGUUGUCCGUUGGCGAGGAGGGAGAGCGGUGUGACUCGCGUAGACGAGGGGACGAGGAGGAAAUGUGGGAUGAAAAGGAGAACGCCGAGGUGGGGAGUGAGGCGAGGGGCGGUUUGAAACGAGCCUUAUGAGAGAUUCCACUGUUUGUAGCUUUCAAAUCUAUCAGUUUAAGGGAAACUGUUAAUACUGUAUGUAUUGUCUCUUUAAGACAAUAUUGGCCUUAACUUGUUUACAUAAAAAGAAAGAAUGGUUCCUCUGAAAGAUUAAGAGGCGCUGUGCAGUUUGAUGCCAUUUCAAGAGAUUUAUUCCAAAGCACCAAGUUGUAGAACAGAAACCGAUGAAGCUCCUCAAGUAUAAUUUGUUCACUUUUGCAGCUAAGGGCUUUACGUUAUGUUACUAUUAUGUGUUUGAAAUAGUAUGGUUUUAUAAAGAUAACAUGUUUUCAUAACGGCGCAUGUCUUAUUUAUAAAUGACGCACUUUGAUUCCCACCCAAAAUCUGCAGGCCUUUUAUGUCGUAUCGUAUCCGAGGGAACCCACAAUCAACACAUCAGAGAGGCUGCCGUUAAUUCACUGAGAAUUUUUGGACCGACUCACAUCGCAACGAGUGUCGCACAAUCACUUUCAAUGUGUGCUUUUUCUGCCACGACAAUCCAUCCAGCUCAUCCUACUUAAGGAGUCCUGAUUGUCACUGUAUUUUUUUUUUUGUUGCAUAGAAAUAAAAAGGCUUUUAUUGGCACUUUAUGUAUAAGCUA